CAAACCCUACCCGAUUCCCAAAAUGCCCCUCUCCUCUCUCCUCAGGCGCUCCCUCCUCAACAACCUUCGAUCGCUCCCCCUUCGAUCCUUCUCCUCCGGCGGCGGAACUCCGAUAAGCUUCACUCUAUCCGUCGAGCCGGAACCCGAACCCGACUCCGAGCCCGAAACCCCGAGCCCGAACGAUGAUCUGCGGAGCCGGAUCUUUAGGCUCCGAUUCCCCAAGCGGAGCGCCACGUCAGCUCUCGAUAAGUGGGUCGGGGAGGGGAAUACGGUUGCGCAGUCGGAGCUCCGGCAGAUUGCGAAGGACUUGAAUCGAUCGAAGCGGUACAAGCACGCGCUUGAGAUAAUGACAUGGAUGGAAUCUCAAGGCAAUUUUCAGAUGAGAGCACCUGAUCACGCCACUAAACUUGAACUGAUUACCAAAGUGCACAGUUUAUCUGAGGCAGAGGCCUAUUUUGAUAGGCUAUCUACUAGUUCUUCACAAAAAGCUGCAGCUUUCCCUCUCCUCCAUUCUUAUGUGAAGGAUAGAAACUUGAAGAAAGCUGAGGCACUUAUGCAGAGGCUUGAGGCACUUAUGCAGAGGCUGCUCAAUUCAGGACUAGCUGUGAGUCCUCAUCUUUUCAAUGAGAUGAUGAAGCUCUAUGUGGCCACAGGUCAAUUCGAUGAGGUACUUUCUGUAAUAAGACAUAUGAAACUUAGCAAAAUCCCUCUCACUGGUCUUUCUUAUAGCCUUUGGUUGAAUGCCAGCGGUGAAAUUUCUGGUGUUUCUUCAGUGGAGAUGGUUUAUAAGGACAUGAUUAAUGACGAGAAUGUUAAGGUGGGUUGGAGCACUUAUGCUACUUUAGCUAACAUCUAUACCAAAGCUGGUCAUUUUGACAAGGCUUCUUCUGUCCUAAAGGUUGCUGAAAGGAUGCUAUCAGUGAGCAAUAGGCUCGCCUAUUCUUUCAUCAUGACUUGCUAUGCUGCACUGAAAGAUGGAGCCGGGGUUUUACGGGUUUGGGAAUCCAGUAAAAGGGUUCCAACAAGGAUCACUUGUGCUAAUUAUAUGUCAGUUAUGUUAUCUUUGAUCAAAAUUGGUGAUUUAAAAGCAGCGGAGGGAAUUUUCAGAGAAUGGGAGCUGCAAUGUCAUAACUAUGAUGUUAGGGUUUCUAAUGUUCUUCUGGGUGCUUACAUGAGGAAUAGAUGGAUGGAUAAGGCUGAAGCAUUUCAUCUCUACACGUUGGAGAGAGGUGCUGUUCCAAAUUACAAGACUUGGGAGAUUUUGAUGGAGGGUUGGGUGAAUAAUGGGCAGAUGGAUAAAGCUGUAGAAGCCAUGAGGAAGGGUUUCUCUAAGCUGAAGGGUUGUAUAUGGAAGCCACCUGAGAAAAUUAUUUUGGCUAUUGCAGAGUAUUUUGAGGAGCAAUGCAAUAUUGGGGAAAUGAGAAGGUACAUAAAGGUUCUUGAGGAUCUUGGUUUGAUGAGCUUGCCAUUGUACAAAUUAGCUCUCAGAACACACAUAAAUCUGGAGGCAAAAGCUCUGGAUAUUAUUGAGAUGAUGGAGAGAGAUAAAAUCGAGUUAGAUGAGGAGGUUAGAGCGCUAAUACAGCAGGCUAACCAACCGAGAAACUCUGAUAUGUUUAAGAAAUUGAUAUCAUGCCCUACUCCUUUAAAGUCAUUUUUCACUCAUUAUUGGUGAUUCAUAUGUACCUUGGUCGAAGCUUCCCUUUGUGUAUUUUAGCUGAUGUAGCUAGCAUCAGUUUUGCACAUAACUUUGCCUCAUCUCAGACUAUUGUCCCAGUAAGUCCGUUGUCAGGUU